AUGAAUCACGAUCCAUUUCUUUGGGGCAGACCAAGUAACGAAACAUACGGCCAGUAUAACCAUGCCAUUGCCAAUGCGUCCAAUCACAAUGAAUUCCCCAAGAUGAAUACUCAACAACCAAUAAUUACCGGUACUUCAGUUUUAGGAAUCAAAUUUAAAGAUGGGGUCAUAUUAGCAGCAGAUAAUUUAGGGUCCUACGGGUCAUUAUUGCGUUUUAAUAAUAUUGAAAGAUUGAUCAAGGUUGGAUCCGAAACGGUGGUUGGUGUUAGUGGAGAUAUUUCUGAUUUACAACAAUUGAAGAGAAUUUUAGAAGAGUUGGAAAUUAAUGAAGAAGUUUAUGAUAAUAACAGUAAUGAUAACAAUUUAAGAGCACCACAUGUUCAUGAAUACUUAUCUCGAGUUAUGUAUAAUAGAAGACUGAAGAUGAAUCCAUUAUGGAAUGCAAUUAUAGUUGGUGGAUUUGAUGACGAUGGAUUACCAUUUUUGAAGUAUGUCGACUUAUUGGGUGUUUCUUAUGGUUCAAGUACUUUAGCCACUGGGUUUGGUUCCUAUUUGGCAAUUCCGCUUUUAAGAAAAUUAAUUCCUGAUGAUUCAAAAUAUUAUGAAAUUAGUGAAUCUCAAGCUAAACAAGCAAUUCAAGAUAGUUUGAAAGUUUUAUAUUAUAGAGACGCUAGAGCAAGCGAUAAAUACUCUUUGGUUACCAUUAGAAGUAAUCAAGGUUCUAAGACUGUCGAUUUACAACAAGAUGUUAAAGUCGAAGGUCAAAGUUGGAAAUUCGCAAGAGAUAUUAAAGGUUAUGGUAGUACUCAGCAAUAG